UUCCUCACAACCAAAGUUAAGUGUGAGUUUUGCAGACUCUGGGUGUUUUCAGAGAGUGUCUUGUUUGCUAGCCAUACUCUCUUCAGUUUUCUUAUUCUCUUCAAUUCCUUUCGUCAGAAUUCUCUUGUUGGGGUACGACUAUAGAUCCUUGUCUUUGGCCUUGUUAAGAUGCUUCUCUUUGCUCUUGUUAUGGCUUAUAUGCGUGAGAUUAUCUGGUGCCUGUUAUAAUUUAUCUGGAAAAUGGAGGGUGACGGAAACAGGAGGAACCUCUUCCCAGGAAGCAAUUACCACCACGGGGAGUCGAGCAAUACAAAUUUCGACUUAAACCUGGAAGUUGGCGACGACGUUAGCUUCCAGGAACUACUAACGGCUGGGGAAGACUGGCUUACUCCUCUUAUCGAACAGGCUCGGGCUGCUGAAAGGUCAGAACAGAGGCAUCCAGAGCAAAACGUAGCUCAUGAUCAAGCUCCAAGAGAUCAGAGUAGCGCGGGCUUAGGAUUCUCGCAGUUCACCGGUGGCCCGUUAGCUUUUCAAGAGGCUAGUCUUGGGUCAGUACUCCCCGGUGGCCUCGACCUGAAUGCUCCUGCUGGCGGUUGCUCUUCUUCCUAUGCUGGUUUUCUUAGCUCAGGAUCAGCGGAAUAUGUUGUGGAGGACCACAACCAGGACAGUUCAGCGGAUGGAAGGCGUCUGGCAUUGAAAAGAAGAGAGCCUGAAGAUGCUCCGGAAGAAAGGCCUUUUGGAGAGAGUUCAAACUCUGCUCAGCAGGGUGCGAACUAUGAGCAGCAGCUGGGGAUUUUCCAACAACUCGUUGCUGCAGCAAAUGCCCAAGCAAAUGCCAGACGCAUAAACGGAAUUGGGCCCCUAAACCUCAGUAUCAUCAGCGCAGAAUCAGUAGGGGCCCCUGGGAACAGUGGUCUCGUACUUGCCCUGGAAGUACCCUCUGGUGUGCAUCCUGUAGAAGAGGCGGAAAGCUCCCAGAGAAACAUCCGUUUCAGAAGGAGCUUCGAAGCAGCACAGUAUUUCCCUCUUGAGGGAAACUAUAGAAGCGCAGCAGCAGCAGCAGCAGCAGUACCAGGACCCUUCACUGCAACACCAGGCCCCCAGCCGGUUCCUCAAGGAUUUAAUUUCUUAUUAGAUUUGCAGGCAACCAGGUUGGGGGCUAUGCAGGAUAUGGACAGAAUCCGAAACAUGAUGAAUGCUCCUCAGUUCUUUCCGGAGUUCGAAAGGGGAAACCAGGUGCAGAAUAUGCGAACUAACUUGGACUUUCCUGGAUCUGGAAACAUUGCUCCAGCUCCAAGAAAUGAUCCGGGGACAUCGAGCAUGUAUGCACCGUCAUCAUCAAGGUUUCCCCCCCCAGAACCGGAAACGCUGGGGGACAUCAUCAACCGAUCAUGGCACUGCUGUCCAUAUCACGAGUAUCAUGCUGCUGCAGAUCGAGAUGUUGGACCUUCCAUGGGAGCAGAUAACGGCGCCAGCUCCUCUCAGCCACCUUUGAGGCUAGGAUCAAUGAUGAGGACCGCCGAGCGACAAGCUGCAGGACCUCUGUUCGUCCAGUCUCCGUCUGCUGCUGAGAGACAACAGAGAACGUUAUCCGAGGUUCACGAUGCAUUGCACGUUUUCAGUAGGGAACACACCGUCCAUUUUGAGGAUUUCAUGGUUGUCGAUGCUUCGAUGCUGAAUGGUUUGCCGGGGGAGGAGAGUGAUGAUGAAAAUGAUGACAUGCGUCUUGAUGUUGAUAAUAUGACUUAUGAGGAACUACUUGCUCUGGAGGAGCAAAUUGGUAACGUUCCAACUGGACUAUCAGACGAAACCAUUCUGGCACGUCUGAGGCGGCAAAUUUAUCAGCCUGUCGCAGCUGGGCCAGGGGAAUGUGAGCCAUGCUGUGUUUGUCAAGAGGAUUUCGUUGAAGGAGAAGAGCUUGGCAGGCUGGACUGUGGUCAUGAAUAUCACUUCAGCUGCAUCAAGCAAUGGCUUAAUACGAAAAAUACCUGCCCCAUCUGCAAAACGACAGGUUUGGACGUUUGAGAGAUGAAUCUGCUGGUCCUCUAGACUUUCUUCUCUUUCAGGGAUCGUAGUUCCGAUCAGUCCUUACAAACAAUAUCUCUGUAUCUUUCUAUCAAACAUUUUUUCACGGGCGAGCUUUUCAUGCUCUUGUUUACUUUCUCAACAAGGUAGUUGAUUUCCAGGCAGAAUGGCUGACACGAGAGCAACUCUUCCUAAUCAACGCCGCAACACUGAUAUUUGUUACAAGAGCAGCAGGUUUUUUUGUUGUAGGAAUAAAGAGUUGGCCAUGGG